UUUCGGCGGAUGACGAAUUUUUCCAAACAUAAGUUAUAUACAAAAUAUUACAUUUUUGUUAACAAGAUAUGGUUCGUCAAAAUCUCCUGGUGCUCGUAGGUAGGUAUUUAAAAAUAUGGCAUCAAUACACAUUCCAAGCGAACUCAGGUAAAAAUAUUUGGUUACAAAAUAAUGCGCAUUUUUGUGAUGCUGAAUUAUAUUGACCGUAGUUGAGGGCGAGAAUAAUUCAAACAUGAUAUUCCGUAUACAUAUGCAACGAUAUCUGAUACCCGUUUUAUGUUCCAAGCUGGGAUACUCCGCACACGGGUCAGUACCAUUACGGCCUUGUCCAUAGAAACACUUUUUAUUCAUAAAAUAAUAAAUACUUAUUGCUACAAACCUUCACGGUACGUAAAUACGGAUUAAACAAUGUCAUGGACCAAAGCUGUAGCGAUAACUGGCUGCGACAGCGGCCUUGGAUGGGCUAUAGCAGCGCGCUCAGCCCGUGAGGGUUUGCUAACAUUUGCGGGUAUGUUCCAAGGCAUGGACACAGAUGCGUCACGUGCAUUGAAAAAUCUAUGCGCACAUCCAUACCCACUAGAUGUGACUAAAACUGAUAGUGUGAUCGGAUUUCGAGAUUAUGUACAAGCUGUUAUGAAAGAUCAUCCAAAUUGUGAAUUAUAUGCCGUGGUUAACAAUGCUGGGGUGAUGACAAUUGGUGAUUAUGAGUGGCAAACUCCGAAAAUAAUCGAGAAUACAAUAAAUGUCAAUCUACUGGGAGCUAUGAGAGUUGUGUCAGCGUUUCUGCCAGAACUCAGAAAAACUGCAACAAAUAGGUCAAUAAAUCCUCGCAUAAUCAAUGUGGCAAGCCACUGCGGACUACAACCGCUACCUGGCUUUGGUCCCUACAGUGCUAGUAAAGCGGGCUUGCUAGCUUGGACUCGAAGCUUGCGGCUCGAACAACGGCAACAUGGAUUACACGCCCUUGCGUUCAUACCAGGUGGAUUCGUUAAUUCCAGUAAUCUUUUAUCAUAUCAAAUCAGCCAAGGUGAGGACAUGGUGGAACAUCUGUCUGAAGAACAGAGAGUACUUUAUGAGAAGAAAAUCAAGACACUAUGCAACUAUCUCGGUUCAGCAGCGAACGGUACAAAAUUCGAUUCUAUGAACGAUGAAAAUAUAAUGGAAACAUUUUUUAGAGCUCUUAAUGAUGAAAAUCCUAAAGAAUUGUACAAAGUUGAAUCUUGGAGAUAUAUGUUUUAUUACAAUUUAUUAAAACUGCCCGUUCCAGAAACUAUGCACCAAUGGUUAAUUAAGAAAUUUAUUAGCUUUCCUCAAAUAGAAUAAAGAUACCGUUGUUGCAGAGGGUAAAACGAUUGUCGUGUUUUAGAAAAAUUCCCCCUAUGUCUGUCUCGUUAUUUUAGUUAUCAUUGUUUUCUUAAUCUUGUCAGCAUGAAAUAAAGCAAAAUGAUUUUUUGUAGUUUUUAUUU